CCCUGCCGCCCUGCCACCCCGCCAAGACUUGGGCCUGAUUGAUGCGACGUCUAAUCACCACGCUUCCUAUCCCUCUGUUACCCAUCCAACAAUUGUAUGCACUCUCGCCGCCUCCGCAUCGGAUAAUGGACAUACGUUUAUUGUCUGCCGCCGACAAACAAUCAUGACCGACGUCGAGUCGGCUACGGUCAAGCUCGCGGAGCUGCUCCGGCAUCCCGAGGACCUCGAGAAGAUCCCCGCCCUCAAGGCCGAAUUCACGCGCAAGAAGGCUGCCGUCGAUGGCUUGCUGCGAGUCGGUCUGCGUGAGCAGCUUGAGGUGACACAGGCAGGAAUGAGCAGCAUAUCGGAUGGCCAGCGAACCGUCAAUCUGAUCAAAGAAGAGAUGAUGAAGAUCGACAAGCUGUGUGCAGAGGCGCAGAAUAUGAUUCACGACUUUCCUCACAUCAACUUGGUAGCCCAGACGCAUAAGAACUUUGAACAGGUCGAGACCAUGAAGCGCGAUAUAGACACAUUUACGGAACGCGUCGAGAAUCUUGAGAAUUUGUUAGCUGAAGACGAUAAGAAUCCGGUGGACCAACCCAAUCUGCUCGAGAUACAUUACGGCCUGACGCAAUUGCGUGAGGUACGCAGUCAAGCCAUUCGACAGAUUAAAGCCUCUGAGGACGUUUCCAUGGAGCUCAUGGACAAUCUCACCCUCGAGUCCGGCGUCACGGUCAAGGAUCUUUUUGCUCGCUUGGAUGAAGUCAUUGACUGGUUCGAUAACCACAUCGGAGAGGCGUGUAUCAACUUGAUCGAUCUAGUGCAGACCGAAAACAACGGCAUGGUGGUCAGAUUGGCAUUGGUCAUUGAAGAGGAGGAGAAAUCGGACACAAAAGCCCAGGCUCUUCAGGAUGCACAGCGAGAAUACAAGGACCUAGCAGCUCGCUUCAAGUCUAUCGCUACAGGAUCUACCGAAUUACGCGGCUACAAAGACAAGUUCAUCCAAUCAAUUGAAUUCGUGUGUAAAGCCAACUUCGACCAAUCAAGUGAAAAGUUCCUCGAAGACCCAGAGAAGGUGUCCAAGCAUUUCAGAUGGUACUUCAAUAAUCUACAAGCGGUCAAAGCUGGCAUGCAGACGCUCAUGCCCAAGAAAUGGAAAAUCCUCAAAACGUAUGUGGAUAUAUAUCAUAAGCAGAUGCACGAUUGGAUCCUCAGUCUGGCCGAUGAUCAAGAGUUAGGAGCCCCCUACCUACUCAGCAUCAUCAACUGGGUCGACAAGUACUAUUCCAACAUGAAGAAACUAGGGUUCUCAGAAGAAGACCUGCAACCUCAUGUCGUUGACAAUCGCAUUCCUGAGCUUGUUCGCAGUUACCGACAACUCAUCAUCGAUCGUGUUGAGGAAUGGAUGGACAGAAUCGCCUCGAGCGAAAAGAAGAUGUUCGCAGAGCGAAACCAGGAUGCACUUGACCACAACGCAGAUGGCUACCUCCAGACCAAGACCCUGGGAGAUAUGUGGACCAUGUUGGGACAAAAUCUUUCUGUGGCUGCCAACAGUCAACGUACAGAUGUUGCCGAGGGUGUCAUCGAAUCCAUGUUUCGUGCUCUUACUUCGCGGCAGCGAAUGUGGCAGACUUUGGUGGAAACAGAAAGGGCGAACUACUCUGGAGUCAAUGCUACCUUGGAGGGCGUUACGGAAUUUCAGGAUUGGCUUAUAUCCAUUGCAAACGACCAGAUUAUCUGUAUCGAUGAAUCUGUGGAGAACUCGACAUCGUUCCUCGGAAAUUUCGAGCGCGACAUCACACCUCUCAUUUCACAAGCCUAUCAACCGAAUAUGGCCUCCCAGAUCGAAACCCUCAGGAACAAUUAUGUUGACUUGGCGACACAAUGUAUCCAAAUCUGGUGUCAAACCAUCUUCUACUCCGACUUCCGCGAGGUCAUCAAAAAGUUGUUUACCCCUGAAUGGUAUGGCGAAAGGCACAUGGAACAGAUGGUCAUCACCUUUUCCGAUUAUCUCGCCGAUUACGAGAACUCGGUGCACUAUUCUGUCUUCGAUAUCCUCAUCGACCAACUCGCCGAUGAACUGCUUGUUCACUACUUGACUGCCAUUCGCAACAAAGGCGCCAAGAUCAAGCGCGCCGAUCCCUUUGUCGAUAAAAUCCGAGACGACUGCUUCACAGCCUUUGAGUUCUUCAACAAAUACCCAGGCGGGCCUGAGAUCAAGGAAAGAUGGCGGGUUAUUCAGAGUUUCCUCGGUCUACUGUCCGAUGACAAGCAGAACAUACCGCAGGUGUACGAGCAGUUCAAAUACACGUAUCCGGAUCUCCAAAUUGCAUGGGUGGAGGCAGUUCUGAGGUGCAGAGAUGACUUUGAGCGCAGCAUGCUCAACGAUGUAAAAGCAAGAGCGGCAGCUGUGGUCGUCGACCCCGAUCAGCAAAUAGAGACCAUCAUGAGUCGUGUCAAAUAG